AUGAUCUCACUUGCUUACUCGCUUAUUGAGCGAGCACAAUUUCUGCAAAACUCUCCGGUGUACGAAGUUGGAGGUCUUGCUCACCCUGGCGGUGAUGUGCCGUUUUUGCACUACUUUUUGCGAGAGACAGAGUCGCUACAUUCCAAAGUACGACGAUACACAAGUCCCGACGAAACGCCCUUCUUUGAUGAUUUGCCAGAACCACUAAUGGAGGAACUGACUUUUCCUGAUACGGUGAAGUGCGGGAUCGACGUAAACUUGGGCCGCAAGAUUUUGGACACGUACGUGACCGCCUUAAUUCCUUCGUUAGUGGCAGAAGGAGAUGACAAAAAUUAUGGGUCGACAGCCGUGUGUGACACACAGUGUCUGCAGGCACUUUCUAAAAGAAUUCACUUCGGCAAAUUCGUGGCGGAGGCUAAAUUUUGCGAUCCAAAUCUACAUGACAAAUAUGUCCAACUGAUUAAGGCCAAAGAUGAGGAUGGUAUCAUGGAACUUCUGACCAAUUCGGCAGUGGAGAAGAAAUUGCUCGCGCGGGUAUAUGAAAAAGCCCAAUCAUACGGACAUGAUGUGGCAGAACAAAUGGGAGAUGACACAACCCUGAAACAAUUACCGGAUCUAGUGGCGCGUAUAUAUGAGAAUCAUAUAAUACCGAUGACGAAAGAGGUCGAGGUAUUGUAUCUUCUCCAGCGUUUAGAUACCUCAGUUUCGUCUGGCUCUAGCACUUUCUUGUCGGAGGUGUCAGAAGAAGCUAGCAACACUGUAUGA